CUCAGAAUUCCGAGCCACUAAUCUUCUGAACUCUUCGCAUUUAUGCUGAUUUAGCCUCUUGAAAUUGAACAUCCUUAUUUUUUACCGCCACGUAUCUCGAAUGUAAUCCUAGAUAUUUGGCCAUUCCUCCGUGGACCAAAUUAAAAACGAUCUGUCGGGUCAUCCCAGCUCCACUCAAAAUCACUCCACGCACAAAGCCACAGAGCCGUUUGGCUGGCAAGGAAUAUAAGGCACCAACACCAAUCAGCCACCGGCCACCGCCGACCGCGGCAGCGUCGUGGCUGGCUUGGCAGGCAGCUCCAGGCUCCAGCGAAGCCGAUGGCAAAAAAGGCGGGACUCGCGCAAGCAAGCGUGGACGCGUACGUUGAGCAGAGCUCGCGGCGCAAGGAACACGAGGCCGCGCUAAAAACUGCUCCUACUCCGGGUUGUAGCGUGCUUCACGCACGCACGUUGCUGGAUAGGUUUGCCGCGCGCGCUUGCUUGCCCCGUGGUCCACGCGGCCGGCGGCACCCGCGCCUCGCCCGACGCUCUAUUUAAAAGCCACGCCUCGGCCCCCUUCUCCCUCCGAUCUCUCUCUCUCUCGUUCUGCUCACAUCGACGCGGUUCGGUUCCAGUUUCACUCCCACUGCCGUCUCGGCAACCUCCCCUGUUCCACGCUUCGUCCUCGCCUGCCAGGCUGCCAUGGCCGCGACGUCCCCCUUCGACUGCGUCCUCCUAGACCUCGACGACACCCUGUACCCGGGCGACACCGGCAUCGGCGCGGCCCUGAGGCGCAACAUCGACGAGUUCCUCCAGGCCAAGCUCGGCGUGUCGGCCGACGAGGCCGCCGCCACGCGCGCCGAGCUCUUCCGCGCGCACGGCAGCUCCCUCGCCGGGCUCAUCGCGCUCGGCUACGACGUGCACCCGGACGAGUACCACAGGUCAGCACGCAAAAAAAAAAAAAAAACUGCGGCGGAGUCAAGUGCAGUGCAUUUCGUCGGAAACUGUCGGGGGUUUGUUAAUCCGCUUCUCUUGCACUUCCACCUGCAGCUACGUGCACGGCAGGCUACCGUACGACAGGAUCGCGCGCGACCCGCAGCUGGCGCGGCUGCUGCAGAGCAUCCCGCAGCGCAAAGUGCUGUUCACCAACUCGGACCGCGCGCACAUGGAGCGGGCGCUGGAGCGGCUGGGCGUGGACGAGGCCGCCUUCGACGCCGUCGUGUGCUUCGAGACCAUGAACCCGCACCUGUUCGGCGACGACGGUGGCGACCGGCGCCCGGCCGUGGUGCUCAAACCGGCGGUGGACGCAAUCGUCGCCGGGCUGCGCGCCGCUGGCUCCAACCCACGCCGGACGCUGUUCCUGGACGACAGCGAGAGGAACAUCGCCGCGGGGAAAGCGCUCGGCCUCCGCACCGCCCUGGUUGGCAAGAGGGCGAGGAGCAAGGAAGCGGACUACGCGGUGGAGAGCAUCGGCGCGCUCCGGCGGGCCAUCCCGGAGAUCUGGGGCGAGGCCGCUGAACGCUCCUCCGACAAGCUGCCGGUGCCGGCCGUGAGCGUGGUGAGGUCGACGACGUCCGACCUGGACUCCAUCAUCAUCCAGCCCACGUCCAUCCACGCCUAAUAUAUAACCUCAUCGUCCCUAGCUCCCCACCCCCAAUCAGAAUCAGCGGGUGCGUGCGUGCGUGUGUGAAUAUCUCUCUCUCUCUCUCUCUCUCUCUCUCUCUCUCUCUGCCUGCCUGCCUCACAGGCUGAAAGGCGUGUACAUUUCUGAUCAGCACCACCGGUCGCCCGUCGGUGCGCGCGUGCAUGUAAAGCAGGCACCACCAGCUGCAGCCCAAGUGCGUGCAUGAGCAUGACGAGUCAUGCAAUGUGUUGUACGUAUUUUACAUGAUGAUAAGAAUAACAAACCGUGUUUAGCUGCAGAGACCCGAGCAGCGGUUUUAACCAA